AUGCUUACACGUGCAGAAAACAGGGGUUUUGUGCGUUUAUUGUUCAUCUCACGUCUGGGUCUACUGCGCACGCCGUCGACCUUUGGACGCUGGGCAACAGCGUGCGCCCCCCAGCGGCGUGUACGUGUCGAACAAACAGCGAGGCCGCUUGCUCAUUGCUGCGGCGUCCGAGGGCUGCGGUCGUGCUCAGCGGCAUCGACACCGCGUACCAGUCAACAAGCGAACGCAAGUCAGAAAGCACCUGUCGCUGCUGGUGACGCAACGGGGACCUCUCGACUCGACGCACUGCCGACGAACGAGACGAAUCCAAGGCUGUUGCGCAUUCGCCAUACCUGUGCUCACGUUAUGGCUAUGGCCGUACAGAGAAUAUUCCCCGAAGCCAAAGUGACUAUUGGGCCUUGGAUAGAUAACGGCUUUUACUAUGACUUCGAUAUCAGUCACCCAUUCUCACCGCAAGACCUCGAGCGCAUCAAACAGGUCAUGGAUGAGAUUAUUCUAGCGGAUUUGCCGCUAAAAUGCGUGGCGCUCUCACGCGAAGAGGCGCGCGCCCGCGUCGAAGCACUCGGUGAGCCGUAUAAGCUGGAGAUAUUGGAUUCGAUCACCGAGGAACCAAUCACGAUCUAUUCCGUUGGAGACGACUGGUGGGACCUCUGUGCCGGGCCACACGUUGCCAGGACCGGCGAGAUCAACCCGGAAGCGGUGCAGCUGGAGGGUGUUGCUGGCGCCUACUGGCGCGGCGACGAGUCGAAACCGAUGCUCCAACGCAUCUACGGAACCGCUUGGGAGACGCCUGAACAGCUUCAAGAGUAUCUACGUCGCCGUGAGGAGGCCAAACGCCGAGAUCAUCGCGUGCUCGGAGAGCGGCUUGGUUUAUUCUCCAUUCAGCAAGAUUUGGCUGGACCAGGGCUUGUUUUCUGGCACCCGAAAGGAGCCUUUAUUAGGAAUAUGAUCGAGACUUUCUGGAAGGAUGCGCAUCUUGCGGACGGCUAUCAAUUGCUGUACACUCCGCAUCUUUCCGACCGCGAAUUGUUCCGCGUUUCCGGUCAUGUGGACUUUUACGCGGAGAGCAUGUUCAAACCGAUUGAGUGCGAAUCUCGAGAGAUUAUAGCCAAGCCAAUGAACUGUCCACAUCAUGUUCUGGUGUACAAGAGCAAAUUACGCUCGUAUCGAGAGCUUCCGGUGCGCUUCGCCGAGUUGGGUACUGUCUACAGGUACGAGCGAUCGGGCACGUUGCACGGUCUCAUGCGCGUUCGUGGGUUCACUCAAGAUGACGCGCAUAUUUUCUGCACGUUUGAUCAGCUGCGAUCCGAAAUCAAGCGAGUCCUAGACCUCACUGAAACAAUACUAUCGCGUUUUGGAUUCCGUGACUAUCAGGUGCAUUUAUCGACCCGACCCAAAGUUUCCAUUGGUAGUGAAGAGGCCUGGUCGCGUUCCGAGCAGGCGCUGCGCCUUGCGCUCGAGGACAAGGGAUGGUCUUUCACCGUUGAUGAAGGUGAAGGGGCCUUCUACGGAGCGAAGAUCGAUUUGAAAGUUCGUGACGCACUCGGUCGUUUAUGGCAGUGCUCUACCAUCCAGUGCGACUUCAAUUUACCCGAACGAUUCAAUUUAGAAUACGUAGCGAGUGAUGGUUCACGCGAGCGACCUGUCAUGGUGCAUCGCGCGAUAUUCGGCUCGCUGGAACGCUUUUUUGGGAUUCUGAUCGAGAAUAGCGCCGGGGACUUUCCGUUGUGGCUCGCGCCAAUACAGCUCCGGCUGCUACCUGUCUCUGACAAAUUCUUACCGUUCUGCGAGCAGGUGGUCGACAAGGCCCGUCGACGUCGUCUCAGAGCGGAGAUCGAUCUGUCAGCGAAUCGCCUCGGCAAAAAAGUUCUCAACGCAGAAGAGGAGCACAUUCCCUACAUGGCCAUUGUCGGUAAGCGCGAGGUUGAAUCGGAUGCACUGUCGAUGCGUUCUAGACACAAAGGCGAUCUGGGAUCUGUACCAGUAGACGAAAUCCUCGCCCGUCUGGAAUGUGAAGCGUCUAUGCAGCUCUGA